CCUGAGGGAAGGAGAUGCAUCUCCCUUCUCUUCAGUAGUGGGCUGAGCCGAGCUGGCAUCCUCUGAGCUCAGGAAACAAUAUUCUUCAAGAAAAACCUGCCGAAGCCAGGAGUACAGUGUUCUCCAGAUCUCAGCAAGCAGGGCCACACUAAAGUUGCUUCUGACUUGCUGCAACCUUCUGUAUUCCCCUCUCUCAGCCUCACGGUCAGGACUCUACCCGUCGGGGAACAAACCCAUCUUGCACAUACCAGCUCAGCAUGUUUAACUACGAACGUCCAAAACACUUCAUCCAGUCCCAAAAUCCAUGUGGCUCCAGACUGCAGCCUCCAGGACAGGAAGCCCCCAGCUUCCCUAGCCAGACCAAACAGUCCUCCAUCGUCAUCCAGCCCCGCCAGUGCACGGAGCAGAGGUUUUCUGCCUCGUCCACAGUGAGCUCUCACAUCACCGUGUCUUCCUCGGCUUAUCCUGCUUCCCAGCAGCUUGCUGGCCCCAGCCCAGCCCAAAAGGUUACUGCCACCUAUAACCAAUCUCCAGCCAGCUUCCUCAGCUCUAUUUUACCAUCUCAACCUGAUUACAGUAAGAUCCCAUCUGCUGUGGACUCCAACUAUCAACAAUCCUCGGUUAACCAACCAGUAAAUGCCAUGCCAUCCCAAACUGCAAAUGCUAAGCCCACUCCAAGAACUCCUGACCAUGAAAUCCAAGGAUCAAAAGAAGCGUUGAUUCAAGAUUUGGAGAGAAAGCUGAAAUGCAAGGACACCCUUCUUCAUAACGGAAAUCAAAGGCUGACCUAUGAGGAGAAGAUGGCUCGCAGGUUGCUAGGUCCCCAGAAUGCUGCUGCUGUUUUUCAAGCUCCAAACAAUGAUGUCCAGGAUUCUUCACAGCAGCACAACCCGGAGCAUGCACGGCUGCAGGUUCCCACAUCACAAGUAAGAAGUAGAUCAUCCUCAAGAGCAGAGGCAAAUGACCAGGACGCCAUCCAGGAGAAGUUUUACCCACCACGCUUCAUCCAAGUGCCAGAAAACAUGUCGAUUGAAGAAGGACGAUUCUGCAGAAUGGAUUUUAAAGUGAGUGGACUGCCAGCCCCUGACGUGUCAUGGUAUCUAAAUGGGAGUCCAGUUCAAUCAGAUGAGUUACACAAAAUGAUAGUGUCUGAGAAAGGUUUUCACUCGCUCAUCUUUGAAGUGGUCAGAGCAUCAGAUGCAGGGUCAUAUGCCUGUGUGGCCAGGAACAGAGCCGGAGAAGCCACUUUCACCGUGCAGCUGGACGUCCUAGCAAAAGAGCAUAAAAGAGCACCAAUGUUUAUCUACAAACCGCAGAGUAAAAAAGUUUUUGAGGGAGAGUCAGUAAAACUAGAAUGCCAGAUCUCAGCUAUCCCUCCACCGAAGCUCUUCUGGAAAAGAAACAAUGAAAUGGUCCACUUCAACACUGAUCGCAUAAGCCUAUAUCACGAUAAUACCGGAAGAGUGACUUUACUGAUAAAGGAUGUAACCAAGAAGGAUGCUGGCUGGUACACAGUGUCCGCAGUCAAUGAGGCUGGCGUGACCACGUGUAACACAAGACUUGAUGUCACAGCCCGCCCAAACCAAACGCCCCCAGCUCCCAAGCAGCUGCGUGUUCGACCAACUUUUAGCAAAUAUUUAGCACUUAAUGGGAGAGGUUUGGAUGUGAAACAAGCUUUUAACCCAGAAGGAGAGUUUCAGCGCCUAGCGGCUCAAUCGGGACUCUACGAAAGUGAAGAACUUUAAUAACUUUGCCCACAGUGGAAAACACAACCUCACUAUUAGCAAUAUAGCUGAUGACUUUGUAGGAAAAAAAAAUCAAUGGCUGUAUUAACAGCUUAUGGCUUUACUUAGGUCGUAUAACUAACACGCGUUUAAAAUAUUAUUUAUCCUAAAAUAUUAUUUAUCCUCUGACUGUGGCGCAGCCUGUCUACACCUCUGACCUGUGAAGCCAACAGUAAACUGAGUUUAUGGGUUUAUAUUGUAAGAGACUGUCUUGAGUUACAGUUUCUUAGAGCUUGAGUCUUGCACUUUUAACAACUAUGAGUAUGAAUCAAAACCUUUUUAAAACUGCUAAUACCUGCAGUAAAGUGUAUGGGUAUUGCUUAACACACACUGUUUUCUCUUGUAGGAAUACUAACAUGAUAUAGAUUAUCUGAGUGUUCCACAAUUUCAUGUCAAAAGAAUAAAAUUCAAGUGGUUAAAACAGACUUGUCUCAACUUUACGGAAGUCUGGAAUGAUAUUCACAAUCAAACUUCUGGACUUCUGAGGUUUUUGUUUUGGGAGGGGGUUGUUUCUUCUUUCUGUUUUUGUUUUUGUUUUGUUUUUUAUCAAGACUGGGUUUCUCUGUGUAACAGCUCUGGCUGUCCUGGAACUCACUCUGUAGACCAGGCUGGCCUUGAACUCACAGAGAUUUGCCUGCUUCUGCCUUCCAGAGUGCUGGGAUUAAAGGCGUGCGCCACUACCUCCAGGCCAAACGUCUAGAUUUUAUAAGUGAAAGAACACACAGCAAAACCUGUGAAUAACAAAAUUCCAAAAUACAUGUGUCAUUCCUGAGAAGAAUGUGAAGCUCAUGGCGCAGGCAAUUCCUUCUGAAAAUGCUUCCCAUGACUUACACGUCAAAGGCGGCCACAGCAAUGCCAACCACAGUCCUCAGUUUGUGACUCUAUGCUCACCAGAGUAACCGACAGUUACUUAGAGCCAUCACUAAAGGUCAUCUAAGUGUUUUGUAUAGUGAAUGCAAAUUUCAAGUCUGGGUGUUUUGCCUCCCAUGUUUUCCGAAUUGAAUAACUUGCUAUAUUAGACAGCCUAAUUUGUGAGCCCCUGAAAGUGCAAUCACAGAAAGCUAUAACUCCUUUUGUGAAAGUGUCUUAAGCUAGAACAAUGGCUUCUUUCUUUGCCUCAAGCCUCUGGCUGUGACCUUGGCAUGAUCUCUUCUGUUCCUUCAAUGAAAGGUAGGGGUUUUGAACCUACUGCUAUGUGGCCUAGUUUUGCUUUAUGUUUGCACUUAAACAUCAUUUAUCAACAUCCCUCUCCACUUCUUUCAGGGCAGUAACAAAAAGGGCUUUAUCUUUUGCCUUCAAAACAGCGCAGUGGUGUUCUCUGUAGGCUUCUGUGGAGCGCGCUGGGCAGAAUUCUUCUUUAGUUUCUUCUUUUACAGCCAUAAAAAUACCUCCUGUCCUCCACCCUGGUGGGUUUGAGCUUCCUUAAUUCACAGACCAUUUUUUCCUUUUCUAUAAUUUGUUUAUGAUUCUUCUCAUCUUUACACAGCUCCUGGGUAAGACAUGGGUCUGGGCUCCCAAGACUAUUGUCAAUUCCUGUCAUAUAAUCACGGAUGAUUCUAAGUGUGUUUCUGGACAGGCGCACACAUGUGGAUGUCAGAGGACAACUUACAGGAGCUGGUUCUCUCCUUCUCCUAUGUAGGACCCAGGGAUGGAACUCAGGUUGUCAGACUCAGUGGCAAGUGCCUUAACCUGCUUAGCCCUACCUUACUGCCCCAGCAACAACUGAGAAAACCAGAACUUUUGUAAGUUUUUGUUCUCUGCACAUGUAACCUUUUGUAGCCUCUUUUUCCCUCUUGGAGGAAAUGUUUCAAUAUGGUAAAAAGUGUUGCCAUUCAGAGGAACAAGCUAUACACCAGCUUGGAAACCCACCUGAAAUGCCAGCACUUGGGAGCCUGAAACAAAGGACCCCUGGAGCAAGCUGGUUAACCGGAGUAGCAUUUGGAGACCCUGCCUCGAUACAAGGUGGAGAGUGAUCAAGCAAGACACCUAACAACAGCCUCUGGCCUCCUUAUACACAGAGGUGAACUUGUACCCACACAUCUGAACACAUGUACACAUAUAGGUAGCACACACAUACAUAAGCAAACAAUGAAUUUUAUACAUAUUUCUGACAAUUAAGCUAUAUACUAAUGUGGUAAAAGUCUGAAAAAAGCACUUGAGGAUUACAUAUAUAGAAUGAUUGACCAAGAAAUGGAGGAAUGAACUCUAAUAUUUUUAAAUGCACAUUACAGCAUUCUUAUAAAGUGGGAAGCAUAUUUUACAAAUGUAAAGCUAAAUGCAUGCAGUUUUAUGAAAAUAAUCUGAAGUCCCCAGAGCUGCAUUCAUAGAUGAAUGCUAUUAGUUUUAUUGAUAGGAUGGGACAGGUCUGUCAACAAAGCAAUGAUCUUUAUUAUCUAAGAAAACUGGCAGCUGGGAAUCACAUGCUGGUUUCUCUGGGUAUUCUUUGUCCUUGUAUCUAAGAAGACCCAGGUCAAGUUUGCAUGGCUAGAAUUAAUCAAUCAAAUGUUGUACAUUGCCAAAUGUCAUAUUUGCAAGUUCCUGUAAAAUGUGCGAAAUAAAUUGAAAGCAUC